UAACGUUAUUUCCAAGGAUGAUCUCUGACGCACCACUUCGGAACAUCCAGUCUGGGAAACCUAGUGUCUCUGUGAAAUGUCUCCAGGUUUCUGAAGAUUGUUCAGGACAAUUCUGUUAACAUCUUAAGGAAUUCAGAUUAUCUUUGACUUGAUAAUAUCAAUACAAAUUAACCUAAUAUAAUAAUAAGUGAUUAUUUACAUUGACGUUGAUCGAAAUCUGCAUCACUCAGACGUUUAACUAGCAUAUCGUCUACUGCUUGUGAAUAAAACGCUUCAUCAGAUUGAAUUGGAGCGAACGCAUUCUGACAUAUCGUAUGUGUAAUUAUAUAAAAACAAACCUUGGAAACUGGACUGUGUCGAUGUGAUGAUAUUGUCAUUAUAAACAGGAGCAAAGUGCUGUUUGCUCUAUUUUAUACGAUAGCAUCUAGGACACUUUUGUUUGCUUUUCGCUAUGUCGGUUAAUAUGUGUUAGGGACGGUCAUUAAUGGAAAAGAGAAUGACUCGUGUGGCACAAUAAAUUACAUCAAGCAGUAUGUAUGCAUAUUCCUUUUGGAAGUUUGUGUCUGUGUGAUCGUUAUCCAGAUCUAAAGACAAACCACUUUAUCACGGGAAAAUAUAUCUCUGAAGAGAUCUACGCAAUCAGAACUGAUUCUUUUAUGAAUCGCAAGUCACACUUCUGUGUUUCAAGCUUUUAUUUUGAAAUAUGACAAAUGCGAAAUGUUAUGUAUUUAGGGCUGUCGACAUAGGAGGUGAAAACGUUUCUCAAAUCUGAAAGGACUAAAACAAAAACCUAUAUUCUCGACGGAGAAUUAAUUUUACAUUAACAAUCUUAAGUGUCACUAGCGAAGAUUAGAAUCAAUUUGUUGACAUCCGAAUCGUCACCAUGCAACUAAUAACUUGCCAACAACGGUUCUCGGCGGCCAAUGCCUAUUGCGAGUACACCACGAUGAGAGCGAACCAAACAGUGAUGGGGAAAGAGCUGUUUACCUUUGCCAAAGGCUACGCGUCCUUUCACGGCUACGUCAGCAUAUGUGUCUGUGUAUUUGGAAUCGUUACAAAUUUCUUCAACAUAUCGGUCUUGACACGAAAGCACAUGCGCACACCGGUAAACCAGAUCUUAACAUGGUUAGCGGUUUCUGAUAUAAGCACGAUGAUAUCCUAUGUGCCGUUUGCUUUCCAUUUUUAUUGUAUUCAUCCUUCGGGGAGUAAAUCAGCAUCAAAGAAUAGCAAAGCUUGGAUGACGUUUAUGAUAUUCCAUAUAAAUUUAACGGCUACCACUCAUACUGUAUCAAUAUGGAUGUGUGUGUUAUUGGCUAUAGUAAGGUUCCUUCAUAUAAGAUCCCCUACCAAAGCCAAUGCAGCAAGGUUAAAGAGGAUUAACCAAUCAAAUGUUAUGAUUUUGAUUGCUUACAUUGCUAGUGCUGUCAUUCUAAUACCUAAUUACAUGAGCAACGAACUUCUUCAGGAUACUUUGCCAGAGGAAAACGAAACGAUAUAUGUUCUUCGAGAUUUAAAACUGGGUAAAAAUGAUACCGAAAUUCUGGUUCUUGUGAACGUUUGGAUGUAUGCCUUCACAGCAAAGCUUAUCCCUUGUCUACUUAUGUCUAUUUUUGGAUCUCUGCUUAUAUACAACAUUCAUGUAAAACUUAAACAACGAAGAAAGGUUCUUCAAAUAUCUGGUGCCAGUUCUCUACGUCUUUCUGAACAUUCCAGAACCACCAAGAUGUUGGUGGCAGUUAUUGUUUUGUUCCUUGUCACAGAGCUUCCUCAGGGAGUUCUAAUAGUUUGUAGCGCAUGCGUCGAAAAUUUCUUUGACACUGUUUAUAUUCCCUUGGGUGACGUCAUGGACAUUGUUGCUCUUGUAAAUAACGCAGUUAAUUUCAUAUUGUAUUGUUCAAUGAGUACCAAGUUCCGAGAAACGUUUGUUCAUCUUUACUGUUGUUCGUGUCAUUUGGUGCGAAAACCGCGGGAGAACGGCUACACUCUCACCGACAGGAUGGCCAAAUUAGAUUCGCAUAGCAGUAAUAAUAACGACCAUAUUCAUCAUCACCACCAUCACCACAAUAACGCAUAACACACACGCACCUAGUACCUGAACAACUCAACAUUGGACUUUGUGGUGGAGUGUGACUACGUAACAUUGUCUUUGUUAAGGCAAUUCUUUUCAAGUCAAGGAGAAUAAUUCAAUUAAACACCUAUAUGAUCCAGCAUUCAACCUUCAGGUGACCUCUUACUGAUAAUACAAUAUAAACAUUCCUGAAAGCAGACAAGAUGCUGGAUAACGUCUGAACAUUCCCCGAACCCUCCAUUGAGACCUAUUGUUCUAUUGUACAUACAAAGCUUUGAUCUUUUAAUGGUUGUGAUGUUUAAAUAGACUGAAGCCGAGCCAUUGUUUGUAAUUAAAUUUCAAUGUAUCUAUUUCAUUGAUAUUAUAUCCAUUU